AUGGAGGGCGCGCGCCUGGGGGCCCCCGGGCCGGGCCGGCCUCACUCCGGUCCGGCUCUUCUCGCGCUCUUUCCCGGGCUUCACGGACAUCUAGGGAGUGCCGCCGGCUCUAGCCCCAAGAAGCAGCCCAACCGGCCUGCAGGCUCAAACCACGCCAUCCGUAAGUACUGGUUGGGGGGACCAGAUCCUCUGGACUACGUUAGCAUGUACAGGAACUUGGGAAACCCAGCGUUGAAUGUUCCUGAGCACUGGCAUUAUGUCAGCUUUGGGUUAAGUGACUUGUAUGGAGACAACAGAGUUCACGAAUUUACAGGAACGGAUGGGCCAAGUGGUUUUGGAUUCGAGUUGACGUUUCGACUAAAGAGAGAAACAGGGGAGUCAGCGCCACCUACGUGGCCGGCAGAGUUAAUGCAAGGCUUAGCCAGAUACGUCUUCCAGUCAGAAAAUACCUUCUGUAGUGGCGACCAUGUAUCAUGGCACAGUCCUUUGGACAACAGUGAAUCCAGAAUCCAGCAUAUGUUGCUGACUGAAGAUCCUCAAAUGCAACCAGUACAGACCCCUUUUGGGGUUGUUAAUUUCCUGCAGAUCGUUGGCGUUUGCACUGAGGAGCUGCAUGCAGCACAGCAGUGGAACGGACAGGGGAUCUUGGAGCUGCUUCGGACUGUGCCUGUUGCUGGAGGCCUGUGGCUGAUAACAGAUAUGCGAAGAGGAGAGACCAUAUUUGAGAUUGAUCCGCAUCUGCAAGAGAGAGUCGAUAAAGGAAUUGAGACAGAUGGUUCGAACCUGAGUGGAGUGAGCGCCAAAUGUGCCUGGGAUGAUCUGAGCCGGCCUCCAGAGGAUGAUGAAGAUAGUAGAAGCAUUUGCAUUGGAACGCAGCCACGACGGCUGUCUGGGAAAGAUACAGAGCAAAUCAGGGAGACUUUGCGGAGAGGGCUUGAGAUUAACAGCAAACCGGUUCUACCUCCAAUAAACGCACAAAGACAGAAUGGGUUGAACUAUGAUCGAGCACCAAGCCGUAAGGAUAGUUUAGAGAGUGAGAGCUCAGCAGCUAUCAUUCCUCAUGAGCUAAUCCGCACAAGACAGCUUGAGAGCGUGCACCUGAAAUUCAACCAGGAGUCUGGAGCACUGAUUCCACUUUGUCUAAGGGGCAGGCUGUUACAUGGACGGCACUUUACAUAUAAAAGUAUUACAGGGGAUACAGCAAUCACAUUUGUAUCGACAGGAGUAGAAGGAGCCUUUGCUACAGAGGAGCAUCCUUAUGCAGCACAUGGGCCUUGGUUACAAAUCCUGUUGACUGAAGAGUUCGUAGAAAGAAUGCUGGAAGACUUAGAAGAUCUGACCUCUCCAGAGGAAUUUAAACUUCCAAAAGAGUACAGCUGGCCUGAAAAGAAACUGAAAGUCUCCAUCUUACCAGAUGCUGUGUUUGACAACCCUCUGCAUUAGAGCCGAAUUACACCCUUCUGACAUCUGGGAGAGCCGAGUGACUGUACAUUGCUCAGUGACUCACAGGAUAAUUAAUCCAGUAAGAACUAGGCCUUCCAAUAAAGGAGAUUGCUGCACAACCGCUGCAAACAGAAGAGGAGUUACACAACACCAACCCAGACAGAACUGGACAGUGCUGGGCCCUUUCUUCCCAUCCUUUCCUGGGCUGAACUCUGCGGGAACAGCCUGCGUGUGUUUGAGUGCAAGUGAGAAAUAUUUAACUAUGAAAAGUAGUGGUAAGAAUUUUUUCCCUGUUCUAGCUGGGGCUACAAAUAUCCCUGCAGUCUUCGCCGAGGGUGUUGAUACCUUGUACACCUUUAUUUACAUACGCCUCUGCCAGGUGCAAGCACAUGGAUUAGGUGUUCUCUACGUGACUUUAGAAUCCUUUUGGUUAGCCAGACUUUUACCAACUGCAGAACUAUUCCUCCAGGGGCUGUUUUGUCUUUUCAGAAACAGAAUGGUGUUAACGAGGCCAGAAGCUCGCAUACUUUGUUUAAAGAUGAACUCUCAAGUUUAGUCAAAAAACAAACCCAAACUCUCCCUGCUGCUAGAAUUAGGAAAGGUCUGAGCAUUGAGCUCAGUCUGAUUAGCUCUGGUAUCGCUGCAAACAGAGGCAACUUUUUUCUUGCACAUCCUGUCCUAGUGUAUGAAUGUAUGCAUGAGCCCCGGAGAAGGUUGUGACCUCCGCUUUUGCACAAGCAGGAGGAAGAGAGACUACUGGGGCAGAGGAGGAGAUCUCCUGUUUACAGAAUGUUUAUCUUUCAAGGGAUGCUGUCAAGUACUUCUUUCUUGCUAUUGUACAGAAUCCCUUUAAAUCCUAGAAGUGGGAAAGGACCUGUCUGUUCAGAGGGGCCACACUCCAGGAACCAGGGGGCUGCUCUAAAUUGUCCACCCUCCCCAUCAACAGAGAGCAGCCACCAGCGGAGUCCUGGAAGAAAGCCCUACCUGCACCACAAAACAAACCCUGCUGGGGCUCGCUUACAGCACAGUUGUCCUUAGCACAGUUCCAUCUUACCAGACUCUGUUUGACUACCUGCUGCAAUUUCUCAGUGCACAUGGGAUCGUAGCCAUGUGCUAAGCCCUUAAACCUUGCUUUAAUGAUUGGGGGACGAGCAGACUGUAACCAGGCCCCCCAAGCUGUAUUGUAGUAUAAGCUUCAGGUUCUGCUUCCAACAUGCAACUCCCUCUUGGUCCCAGCAGCCUCCCUUAGACCAGGAUGGAGCAUGCGUGCUGAGAGCUUUUGUCUCUGCAGGUUGCAUCCUGGUACCAAAGAGCAGGCCAUGGUGGGUGUAUUACAGAUGGGCUGCAGGCUAUCCCAUGCUUGAGUCCUUCCCCUGCCAAUCCUGGAUUGUUCUCUAAAGCAGAUUCACACUGGAAUACGGUCACUUCUAAUUCUGUGGGUGCAGAUUUCUCCCCCACCCUUUUUCACUCACAAGCUAACAUGGUCGUUUCUUCGUCUGUGGUUGUACACGAUACAGUGGUCUUAACAUGGCUGUGGCAACAGCUUUUAACAACUGACUGCCUUUGAUCAAACCACAAUGGCUAAAACUGACCCAUACCUCACAGAAGCUGGUGGUGGUGAUUGUCUUAAUUUCUUUCCAACAAACUGGGAUUUUGUCAACAUUUU